ACAACCGCCCGCGGAAAUCAAACUCAUUUUUAACAGGAAGAACAUGAACCACCAAAACGUAAACAUGGAAAGUAACAACAUAAAAAGUGAGAAGGAAACUGACUUAGAGCAAAACAAUGUAGAAGAAAGUGUAUGUUUUAAAAAGGUCGCACGUGUAGCUACAGACUGGAUGCUGGAUUUCAUGUUUCUAAAGCUUUGUCGCCACUUCAAAGAGCAGAAGUUCGAAGAGUUCAAUCAAACGCUCGCGGUUUUCGAAUCCAUGUCUGUAAAUUCACCAUUGAAUGGAGACCGUCGUGCCGAGAAGACGCUGAUAUCUGCUUUCCUCGCAAGAGUCAUGCAUGGAAAAGAGCUGGACUGCCGAUUUGAUGAUGGGGAUGACUGUGUGAUGCCUCUGAUGUCAGCUUCCACGAUAUGGCCAAAACUACAAGACGCUGUAGCAGAUGGAAAUGUAUUUAAAAACAUAACAAUUCUUCUUUUUGUCCAGUCUGUAGCUGUGUGCUUGGAGAAAGACCAACACAAAUCUGCCUCCUCUGCCCUCAAGUGGUUCGACAAUAACCUCGAGCUCCCAAAGAAUUUGGCAGUAAAAGUGGCAACUGUAGUAUCACAAAGGAAAACUUACCACCCAUUACUAACGACCUUCAGCUUCAACCACUUGCUGGCAUCCGUCCAGUCUUUUUUGGAUGCUUACUUGGAGGAAAAUCCCUCCGAUUACCUUCUAAAGGAAGCCACAAAGGCAGCAUCAUCGUCAAAGAACUGUGGGGAUUUGAAAGACUCGGCAGAUGAGGACACGUCUGAAACAGCCAACAUAUCAGAUAAAGAGCCGGAUAAAAAGCUCACCAAAGAAAAUCGGAAAAAGAAUUUGAGAACAAAACGGAGUCUUAUGUCAACAAAAAUAACCAAUCUCUGGCUGCCUGAUUCGCCUUAUUUGAAAAAGCCAUGCAUUUCUGUCAAAAGGCUCUCAGAGGAAGAGAUAACGCUGGUAACAUCACCAAAUAAAAUGGAGGAGACAAUGAUCAGCAGGAGAAGAGGGAAGAAGAAAUGGACGCCAGGGCUCGACCAGUGUCUCAUCGAGGGGGUGAAACGUCAUGGUGUUGGUAAGUGGGCUAGGAUUCUGUUAGACGACGACUUUGAAGGACGCACAGGGACAAUGCUGAAAGACCGCUGGAGGGUUUUAGUAAAACUUCAACUGGACAGUUAGCGAGGAGAACGGUGACCAUGACUCUGGAAUUU